GAGUGAGCGGCGUGUAAACAAUUAUAGAAAGCGGCCCGGGUCCCUGCCUCCCUCCAUGGCCGAAGUCUCGCCGCAUACACGCAAGUUCCUCUUCCGAUCCUCCGGCAGCAGGAAUCCUCCCGCCGAGUGUCUGGAGGUGCUUAUCCCAGAGGUGGUAAGCCCCAGCUAUGGCAUGUACACUUGGCCCUGUGCCCCAGUGUUGGCACAGUAUGUGUGGCACCACCGCAGGGCCUUUGCCAACCGCACAGUCCUAGAAAUUGGUGCUGGCACGGCGCUUCCAGGGAUCGUGGCCGCUAAGUGUGGUGCCCAGGUGAUCCUCUCCGACUCAGGACAGCUGCCCAAGUGCCUCAGGAACUGCCAGGUGUCUUGUCAAGCUAAUGGCUUGGCUGGCUCUGUGGCAGUGAUAGGCCUCACAUGGGGGGUGUUCACACCUGAACUGCUGCACCUGGGGCCAGUUGAUGUCAUCCUGGGAUCUGACUGCUUCUAUGACCCCUCAGUGUUUGAGGACAUUCUAGUGACAGUGUCCUAUCUUCUGGAACACAAUCCUGGGGCACACUUCAUCUUUUCUUAUCAGGAGCGAGCCUCAGACUGGUCCCUGGAGCACCUGCUGCACAAGUGGAAUUUGUCGUGCACACAGCUGCCUUUAUUGAACUUUGAUGCUGACACAACCAACAUAGCUGAGUCCAACUUGCCUGGCUCUCACACCAUUCAUGUGUUUCAGAUCACCAGGACCUCCACCACCUGAGAACUGAGGCAAGAGCCGUGGGCUGUCUUGUCAGUUGUGCCCAGCACAGAGAAGACGCUGCACAGUUGAACCAUUCUCAGAAGCUAGAUGGCAUCUCGCAACGUAUUCAAGGUGUUUGUUGGCAACCUGCCGUGGACAGUGGGACACAAGGAACUCCGUCAGCACUUUGCACAGUUUGGUUAUGUCGUGAGCUCAAAUGUAAUAUUUGACCGAUCCACUGGGAUGAGUAAGGGCUUUGGCUUUAUUCAGUUUGGCAAUAAGAAUGGCUAUGAUUCUGCUAUGAACAAAGGCUCACACCUGUUAGAGGGACAUAUAUUGGAUGUUAACCCAACCAAGUAGCUUAAGAAAGUGUCUGUACAGGUGACAACAGUAGUUUUCAUGUUAGACUGUAAUCUCAGUGGUGGAAUUCUUAGAUUCAACAUGGAUGAUUUAGACUGUGCUCCCAUUGAGGGAGAAGUGGAAGUUCUGUUCAACAAAGCUGCUUCAUACUUACAAACACUUGCCUCUAGCUUGCCCCAAGACAAAUUACUGCAUUUCUAUGCAAGAUACAAGCAAGCAACUGAAGGUCCUUGCAAUAUUCCCAAGCCUGGCUUCUUUGAUUUUAAGGGCAAGCAGAAAUGGGAUGCAUGGAAGGAUAUGGGUGACAUGAGCAAACACAAUGCCAUGAUUGAAUAUGUGAGUGCCAUGAGAGAAACUGACCCUGAAUGGGAACUGAAGGCAAGCAGUGACAAAAGUGGAGCCUACUCCUCCAGUUGGAUGAGGGUCAGCACUCUUCAGCAGCAACCAGAUGAUUUCACAAAGGACGAAGACAAGAACCCCUUUGACUGGGUCAAAGAAAAUAAUGUGGAGAAGGUAAAAAACCUGGAGCUAGGAAAAAUAAUGGAGAAGGAUGAGAAUGGAAUGACUCUCCUCCACUGGGCUGCAGACAGAGGCCACCAAGAGAUAGCCAAGUAUCUCCUGGAGCAGAAGCUAGAUGUCAACGCCAGAGACAGUGAGGGACAGACAGCCCUGCACUACGCUGCAUCGUGUGGCCACCUGGAGGUCAUUAGAGUCCUGUUGGAUCAUGGAGGAGACCCAACCAUCCAGGACUCUGAUGGACUCCAGCCAGAGGAAUGUGCUGAAGAGGCUGAUGUCAAAUUGUUCUUUAAAAAUUUAUAAGCAUAAGAAACCAUUUUUCCAGCAGCCUUUCAUGUCAUUCAGUUGUUUUUUGUCAUCUUCUGAAAGUUUUAUAUUAAGAAGUCAGGCACACCACUAAAUGCAUACUUUCAGUUCUGUACAAAGGAUUUUUGUAAUAAAGACUUAAGUACACUUAAA